AUGGAGACGGCAGGACCCUCACCUGCUCCCUCGGGCUGCCACAGGGGUGCCCUCAUAUUCUGCCUCCUCUUCUUCCUCGCAUUUGGAGUCUUUGUCGGAUUGCUCAUCGCGUACCUGAUGCAGGAACAGCAUUACUUCAUGGAGACAGUUGAGCUGAAGGGUCUAAAGUACGAUUCAUCACUACAGGAUUCCAACUCAGGUUACUCCAUCGUUCUGACAUCUGUUUUAAAUUCAAAGAUCAAAAAUGUCUUUACCUCCUCGUCUAUAUCCCAUCACUAUGUUGACUGUAACAUAAUUGCUUUUGGCGAUAUGAACGGUGACGUGAUGGCAACAUUCCGACUGGCCUUCACGGUUUCCAAAUUCCAGCAGUAUUCAGAAAACUUCAUUCAGGACCUGCUGAGGGCAGGCCUCACCUCAGUGAUGCAUGGAAAUCCACUCGAGGUCCCUGAGUUUGGACACAUCAAGGCUAUCAUCUUACUGGGUGCUAGUGGGAAGUCAUUCUACAGUAUUGGAGAUGAUUUGCUGGACACUUGUCCCGAGAGGGCCUUCACAUGUGACAAUGGAGAAUGUAUCAACAAAUUAAACCCAGAGUGUGACUUUGCAACAGACUGUGCGGAUGGAUCUGAUGAAGCACGAUGUGCCUGUGGCAUGCGUAGCACCACGGGGAAUCGUAUCGUGGGUGGUGAGGAUGCCCGACAAGGAGAGCUACCGUGGCAGGUCAGCCUCAGGCUACAUGGACAGCACACAUGUGGCGCCUCCAUCAUCAAUGAAAGGUGGCUCGUCAGUGCAGCGCACUGCUUUGAAGUUGCCCAAAACGCGAAAGAAUGGACAGCCCUGGUAGGGGCCAGUCUGGUGAGCGGGGAGGAGUCAGAGUCUAAAACAAUAAAAAUCAAAACGCUGACGGUGUCUCCUGACUACAACCCUACGACUACCGACAAUGAUGUGGCCGUACUGGAACUGGAGAGCCCUCUCACCUUUAGCCCCUUCGUCCAGCCUGCUUGUCUGCCCGCCCAGUCUCAUGUCUUUAUUCCUGGCCAGAGAUGCGUAGUGUCAGGAUGGGGGUCUCUGCACCAGUUUAGCCCUGAGGUGCCCUCCACACUGCAGAAGGCUGUGGUAAAAAUCAUCGACUCCAAGGUGUGCAAUAAACUGCCUGUGUACAGAGGAGCAAUCACUUCCAACAUGAUGUGUGCUGGAUUCCUUCAGGGCAAGGUGGACUCCUGUCAGGGUGAUUCUGGGGGCCCUUUGGUGUGUGAGGGGACCCCAGGAAGGUUCUUCCUAGCCGGGGUGGUCAGUUGGGGUAUAGGCUGUGCCCAAAUUUACAGGCCUGGGGUUUACUCGCGAGUCACCAAGCUGCGCAGCUGGAUUCUUAGUCAAGCAGACCCUAGCUUGGCCCAUUACCACCCUAAGCAGGAUCUCACUGUGCCAGCCACAGCACCAUCUGUGAGUUCUCAAAAGACACCACAUCCUCGGACAGUUGCGUUGGAUGUGCAACCUGCACCGAUACUUUCUGUCUCUAACUGCAGUGGAAGCUUUCGGUGCAGUGCCACAUCCUGUAUCAGCAAGUUCAAUCCAGAAUGUGAUGGCAUCCCUGACUGCCCCAACCAGGCUGAUGAGAAAAACUGCAACUGCGGUGAGCGUCCUGCGCUGGACUCCAGUAGAAUUGUGGGGGGGGUGACGGCUCGUAGAGGGGAGUGGCCUUGGAUUGGCAGCCUUCAGUACCAGAGAGUCCACCAUUGUGGCGCCACUCUCGUUCACCGCAAAUGGUUACUGACUGCCGCACAUUGCUUCAAAAGUGAUGCCAGCCCUACCCAUUGGGCUGUGAGCCUAGGCUCUGUGCUGCGCUCCGGUGUAGGAGCCAUGGUCAUUCCCAUCGAGCGGGUCCUCAUCCACCCAGCUUUCAACAGCACCAGCAUGGAACUUGAUGUGGCUCUCCUGGAGCUGCUCAUCCCUGCCCCUGUGUCACACACCAUCCAAUCAGUAUGCCUCCCUUCACCAGCCCACCACUUCUUGAAGGAUGCGGAGUGCUACAUCUCAGGAUGGGGAUCCAUGAGGGAAGGAGGUUCACUGACCAGCAUCUUGCAAAAAGCCCCAGUGAGGACCAUUGAACAGGCCGACUGCCAGCAGUCGUACGGAGAAAACCUGACUCCUCACAUGAUGUGUGCAGGUUACAUGGGAGGAGGAAAGGACACUUGUUUGGGAGAUUCUGGGGGACCUCUGACCUGUCGUGAGAGCUCUGGCCAAUGGUUCAUUGCCGGGGUAACCAGCUGGGGACAUGGAUGUGGUCGAGUGGGUUUUCCAGGGAUUUACACCCGAGUGACUUCUGUACGAAAUUGGAUAUCCUCAUACCUACCUUUCUGA